AUGCAAUGCAGGACAUCAGCCUUCUUGCCCAGAGACAACAGUUUGGCUGAAGUCACACAGGUGGGGGUGCCCACCUUCACCAGAGAGAGCAAAUUUACCAAGAUAUCCAAGAAUCAGCAGAAUCAAUCCAGAAAACACGACAACAUCCAGAGCAAAGCUGAGGGCCAGGCUGAGGAAGACCCCACACCGCAGCCACAUCUCCAGCUUGCUACCAUAGAGGUGGACGUGGAGGUCAGUUCUGUGGUAAAGGACAACCAGGUUUCAGAAAGCGCCAACCAAGUUCCGCCGCCUCCUGACAUCUCUCCUUUCAAAGCCGAUGAAAAACGAAAGUCAACACCCAAAAAGAGACGAAAGCAGAACCCUACCGAGGCUAAAUGCAGUGCUUAUAAGACCCCUGUUCAUGGGGAAUCGGCACUAGUUAGCGCUCCCUCUGAGGUUUCCAUCAUUUCUGCAGCUGCUGUGGAGGAGCUGAGUGACUUGCGCAGCUACUACAGCAAGCAGCUUCAGAGAAUCAACUACAUUUCCCAUGAAUGCCUAAAGGACUCUGACUCGGGGGUCCUGACUUGCAGCCGAGGGCCUUUGAAAAGCCUGCGGCUGCCCUCGAGAUCAUCAUUCACCAGGUCAGUGCGCAGCUUCUGGAUGAGAGUCAGCACCAGGAGAAAACUUAUCCGGAGAUGACUGCCAACUCAUUACGUUUUUGUUUUUGUUCCCGUUCCCGUUCCUCCUCCUCCUCCUCCUCCUCCUCCCCCCCUCAAGCCACAAUACUGCUUCGGAACUCUUGAAGGAAAUGUUCUGUAUUGAGUAUUUGAACCACUGCAAUGUUGUCUUUAAUUGCCUGUCUGUGUUAAUGAUUUUCAUAAUUACUGUCAACCAUGUUGCACUCUGUUAGUCUUUUUAUUUCUCCUUUGAGUAAUAUCCCUUAUUUUCAAUCUGAUAUCUUGUUUCACUGUUUUACAGAGUAAAUUAAAAAUGUAAUAAAUUA